AUGCACCGGCUAAUUUCCAGACUUUGUGCCUUCUUUCAGAGGAAAGCGGAUUCAAAGGAAGAGACCGAGCAGGAGAGGCUCCUGGAAGAUGAUUCCAUGUCACAAAACACGCAGGGAGUUGUGACAGGGUCCUGCAGUGACUAUGGCAGCAUUAAUGAGCACCUCCUCUUCAGUGCUGAUGUUGUGGCAGGCAAUGAAGCUCUGAAAGUUAAACAAAAACUUCCUGUAGUUGUGGAAGUAGAUCAAAUGACUCACGGAUCCAAUACAAGCACAAUGGAUGCUUACCGUGAUGGCCUUGGUGAUGCACCAUCAGACUCUCACAUGACAGUUUCACUUGACUGGCUCACCUCUCUAAUUGAUGAUGCUGACCAAAUUAACCACGAAUUGUCCUUCUCUCUAGACAUUGUCUGUAAAGAUUUUGAACCUUAUAAGGGUGACCUGGUAGAAAUUGAGUUUGCUGAGCAGGAAGACACACACAGCAGAAAGGCCAUCUUGAUGAAGCCUCUGAAGCACCUUCAUGUGAAUGAGGUUUGUGUUACUAGAGUGGAUGGCAGAACUGGAGUUCUGGAAGACACCAUCUUUUUCACCUUGGAUUCUCUUAAACUCCCUUCUGGAUAUGUGCCUCGACUUCAUGAUGUUGUCAAUGUGAUUGUAGUGCAGAGCAUUCAGUCCCAGUAUUUCUGGAGGGCAGUCGUAAUGACCCCAGUACGAGUACCGUAGGAACCAAGCCUUUGAAUUUCUUCUUCAGCAUUACUUCUACAGGUAGUGCA